GGUUCCACGUUAAAGCUCGUCGGGCGGUGAGCUAUGAACUACCUCGACCCCCGCCUCUUGACAGGAAGCCGGGGUUCAAGGUGUCAUUGUACAGAAUGGAUGACAAAGGAGGGCGGCAUUCCUUGGGGAGGCUUCCGAUCUGCAGUAGCUAGCGAUUUCCAAAAAAAACCUUCAUUCCUCCUGUGUAUUCGUCUCAUUUACGGAUACCUUGAGAUAAACCUCCCGACGAACACCUGAGGUACAGUGCCAAGCGAAAAGCGACACAUCAAGAUGACAACCAGCUUGACUCCCUCUCCAACGGGCGAGACCACAGAACUCAGCAAGCAAUAUGACACUCCUAUGGGCCUUGGCCACACCACCAUGCAGGCCCUCAAGGACCGCAUAAAGCUGCACUACGACCUUGCCAGCGAUUAUUACCUAAGCUUAUGGGGUGAACACAUUCACCAUGGAUAUUGGCCCACGGAUGAGUCCAAGGCCAGAGACUCCAAGGAAGUAGCUCAGAUCAGCUUGAUCCGCCUUCUGCUGGACUUGUCUCAGAUAUCAUCAGGGAGCAAGGUCCUCGAUGUCGGCUGCGGCAUAGGUGGCACUUCGCGGUAUCUCGCCUCCCAGUUGGGAUGCUCUGUAACUGGCUUAACCAUCUCGACCAAGCAGGUUGAGAUAGCAAAACGCCUCACCAAGGCAGAGGCAAGCAAAGAGACACCCGAAGGCGGGACCGUUGCUACUGAAGAUGCAGACGGAUUUCUCAAGCUCGGCAAGGGAAAGAUCAGGUUCAUCGAAUUAGAUGCCGAGAAGAUGGGAGACGUCUUCGAGGGCGAUUCGGGUACCUUUGAUGCUGUGUGGAUUAGCGAGGCUCUAAGCCACUUCCCAGACAAGGCAUUGUUCUUCCAGAAUGCCUACAAGGUUCUGAAAACUGGAGGGAAACUGGCUGUUGCCGAUUGGUUCAAGGCAGACACUCUCGGGCAGAAGGAGUUUGACAGCGAUAUCAAGCCGAUCGAAGAUGGAAUGCUCCUACCUCCUCUCUGCACCCAGGCAGGAUACACCCAACUUGCCACCGCCGCCGGCUUGGAAGAGUUUGGGCUGCCCAAAGAUAUCAGUAAAGAUGUGAGCAAGACUUGGGAUAUUUCCUGGUCCCUUGUCCAGAAUCCGUCUCUAUGGGCGUUCGCACUCAGCCAAGGCCGGGACGGCAUUGCUUUCCUACAGGCAUUCCGGGCCAUGAGGAGAGGCUAUUCGAACGGCAGUUUCAGGUAUGCUGUCAUGGCAUUCCAGAAAUAGGCCCCCGCAAAGUCGAGUCCGAGUCCGCGAACAGGGUGUCAUGCCGUAACUGCUAGAUGGUCCUGGUUGAGGAUGCGACGAACCCAGAAGACCCUAGAUGUCCAGCUUCGUUCUGUUAUACAUUUCUGGGAAAGGACGAUGAACGGGUUGAUAAUGUCUUUAAUGAUCAGAAUCUUGAUCUCCCAGAUAAUCUCGCAAUGCCUUUCAUAGUAGAGGGCUUCGCCGAGUACCAAUACGAGAUGUAGCCUAGAUUUAUGGUACUUCCAUUUGCAUCCCAUUCUUUUGGCCCAGUUGAAAGAUAUCAGGCUU